AUGUGUUCAUCUAAUCAAAGUAUUAUUGAAUUUUUACAUCAUGCAACAAUUCAACUUAAUCAUUAUUUAUCCAUUAUUAUCUAUCUUUUUGGUACGAUUGGUAACAUUUUAAGUAUUAUUAUUUUAUCACAAAAAAAAUUUCGUUCGAAUUCAUGUGCUUUUCUUUUUCUCACAUCAUCUAUUGCUAGUCUUAUUGCUAUUUUAUCUGGACUUACGAAUCGAAUAAUAACUGGUUGGACAGUUGAUCUAACAUCUACUAUUAAUUGGCUUUGUCAACUUCGUGCUAUGGUUUUAUUUACUUCAAGAAUGAUUGCUUUAUGGUUAAUAACAUUAGCAACUAUUGAUCGAUGGUUACUGUCAUGUGCUGAUGUUCGUCGACGACAAAUGCGCACAUUAAAAAAGGCUAAACUGUAUACAAUUAUAAUUGUAAUUUUUUCAAUUUUAUUUAACACACCAAUAAUAUAUUGUUUUGAAGCUAAUGUGAUUGGAACUCCGGUCGAAUGCUAUGGUAAAACAGCAGCUUGUCGUAUUUAUACUGAUAUGAUAUAUGGAUGCGGUACAAUAUUAGUUCCUUCAUUAGUUAUGACAUAUUUUUCUAUAAUGAUUAUCUGGAAUGUGCGUGGAACACGACGUCGUGUUGAAAUUUUCAAUAUAACGACAAAUCAUGCUAGAAGACAAAGACGAACAAAGAAAAAAGAUCGUCAAUUAUUAAUUAUGCUACUUGUACAAGUUACUUUUAUAGUUCUACUUACUUUUCCACAAGCUAUUCAAAAAUUAUAUACAACUAUAACAUUAGCACUUUACAGUUCAGUAAAAUCAGCAUUACAAACUGCUAUUGAAGAGUUUACAUUUAAUUUUGUUGUAAAUCUGACAUAUAUUGCUAGUGGUUUACCAUUUUAUAUAUAUACAUUAAGUGGUGGAAAUGUAUUUCGUAAUGCAUGCUGGCACUUUAUAAGAAUGCUUAGUCGCAAAAUAACUUGUCGAAAUAAUGCAAUUUAA